CCAUCCUCGUUGCUGUGGUGUAUUACGCUACGGCAUCCGUGAAAGCACCGAGCGCCUCUACGAGCUUCCCCACAAACCGCUCACCGCACUCCCAGCGAGCACGGCUAACGUCCCCUCAAGCAAACUCUGGAUCCCGCUCCGCUCCCCGCUGUGUGCACCAUGGCAUCUAAAACUCAUCCUCCCCUAAUGAAGAAGCACAGUCAGACAGACCUGAUAAGCCGUCUAAAGAGCCGGAAGAUCCUUGGAGUUGGUGGUGAGGACGAUGAUGGGGAAGUGCACCGCUCAAAGAUUAGUCAGAUGCUCGGAAAUGAAUUGAAGUUUGCGGUGCGAGAGCCGAUAGGGCUGAGGGUGUGGAUACUCAUCUCUGCGGUGGGUUUCACAGUAAUGGCUGUAACAGCUCUGGUGUUUCCCAACCAGCUCUACGAGCUUGUUUUUGAGGAGGAGCUUUUCACAACCAGCAUCUCUGUCCGCCUUUAUGGGGCAGCCUUGCUUAGCCUGGCCCUCAUUAUGUGGAAUGGUCUCUACACAGCAGAAAAGGUCAUCAUCCAGUGGACUCUGCUCAGUGAAGCUUGCUACUUUGCUGUCCAGUUUCUAGUGACGUGCAUCACCCUGAUGGAGAUGGGCAUCCUGCCCAACGGCGCCAUGCUGCUGCUCCUCAGUCGAGUUCUCUUCUUUGUGGUCACCAUCGCUUACUACUACCACCUGGGCCGUAAGCCAAAGAAGAUCUGAGCAGACUGUGUGACACUUCAGUGAGGGGGUGUUUGAGCACAAAUCAUAACUGGGGUUGGGGGGGUCUAAUUACUUUGUAAGUAAAUGCCCUCAUUACUCCUUUCUGUGGGACCUAGCCUACUAUAAACCCCACCCAGGUGAUAUUUAACAGAUGAGCACAGCGUCACAUCGACAUCCUUACAGCAAGAACAAGAAACCUCAUCGUGACAUUGAGCUGAUCAUUAACUGGGCUGUUUAGUUUUGAGUGCUGGUGUUAAAAAGCAGGACCUUAGCAGUAUGCUGGUAAUUGUGUGUCACCUAGAUGUAUAAUUUUGAAGUGCACAGGACAGACUGCUUUAUACCACCUCACGAUAUUUCUGUACAGUUAUACGAUGUCCAGAUGAAGUAUUUAGUGUUUUACCUUUCAUCUAAAUCCUUUAUCAUGCCCCAGGGUUAGUGCUAUGAUUAGUUUUUUUUGGCUGUGAACCCGUUUUUUUAUAUCUGAAAAUGAGAGGUCUAUGAAUGCCUUCCUCUGAAUCUACUAGAAUAAUCAUUAGCUGUCUGAUUCAGAUAAGAUAAGAUGGAUGGCUGACAAUGAACCUGCUGAUGGGCUUCCUGUCCAGCAGCAUGAGGAAGCCUUUCUCUUCCUCUCUGUUGAUGCUUUCAAUCAAAACCAUUAAUAUUAUUAGUCUUUAGUUUAAAAAUUGUUGUAUUAGUUGUGAAAUUUCUCAGAGUUUCAGCCUAAACCUUUUAAAGCACAACUAACGAAAUGUCUUGUUGAUACGUGUACCUGUAAGGUGAGUCGUACAAGAGAAACCAUACAGUUGUCUCUGCUGCCUGUGCACUAUUAGGAGGGACCUGCGUGAAAAUCAAACCUUUAGUUUAGCCUGUUUUGAUCUGUUAGUAAUGUAGCAUAGUUUUUUUAUUUUUUUAUGUCAUGCAUCAUAUCCAUAGUCUUGCCUUAAAACAACUUUUAAGAACAGUCAUCAGCACUGCGUUCUACUCCUUGUAUAUAUGUAAAUAAGUAUUUAAUAUUACAUGGUGUUUUUGUGAACCAAACAGGGAACUUGUUCAGUAUUAGUCAAUGAUUAUUAAAGGUUAAUCCAGCCCUUAA